CGCUCACUUCUACUUCAACACCAAGCUCGCAGUACCCCACUACACCCCUUCUUCAAACUUCUAAUCGAACCGCACAUACAAAGGCAACCGCAAACAUGGCGGAAGCUUCCGCAAAUCCACUCCUCUCGACCGCCCGCGCCUCCGAUACUAGCCCCACCAUACAGCUCCAUCCGUUGGUACUCCUCACAAUAUCAGAUUGUAUAACUCGACACACGCUACGUCAACAAUCAGGACCGGUAGCUGGCGCUAUACUUGGGCAGCAAAAUGGCCAGGAGGUCACAAUGGAGGUUGCCUUCCAGGCGAAGCUGACACCCAAUGCGGCGGGCGAGGUAGUAUUGGAUGAUGAGUGGUUCAGCAAGCGACUGGAGGACUUCAAAGACGUCCACAAGCAACCGCAGCUCGACCUUGUCGGUUGGUUCACACUUGGCCCCGCUUCAGGCCCGCAAUCGCACAUUCUGCCCAUCCACGCGCGGAUAUCAGAGCUGUACACCGAAUCGCCGAUUCUCUGCCUAUUCCAUCCGUCAGAUGCCGAGUCCGAAGCUACAGCGGCCGGCAAACUUCCCCUCACUCUGUACGAGUCGGUCUACGAGAGCGCAACAGGUGGCCCCAACGACAAGGCCAUGGACAUCGAUGGCGCAGUGCAAAACAAGGCCUUGAAGUUUCGUGAGCUAGUGUACAGUGUGGAGACUGGCGAGGCGGAGAUGAUUGGUGUGGACUUCGUAGCACGAGGAGGCGGUAACGCAACUGCCGUUGACGGAUCGGCUGCCGCCGUACCAAAGGCUACGGCUGAGUCGAGCAAAGUCGAGGAGGAGAAAGGCAAGAAGACGCGGGGAAAACAGAAGGAGAAGGAGAAAGCGAAGGAGGAAACCAUCGACGAAUCCGCUGUGCUCACUGCGGAAGACGACGAGCUCCUCUCCACACUCACCGCGAAGAUGAACGCGAUCCGUAUGCUUAGCCGCCGCAUCACCCUUCUCCGCAUCUACCUCGCCUCCCUCCCACCGUCCUACCUCUCAGACCCCUCACUUCCCCUGAACCCCGCCCCAACCGCCGACCACCCACUUCCGCUCAACCACUCCAUCCUCCGUAGCAUAUCCGCCACGCUCGCCCGCAUUAACAUUCUUGCCCCGCCAGACGCCGAAGCGUUUACGCUCGAAUCGCAACAAGAGGCCUCUGACGUCCAGCUCGUGCAGCUCCUCUCCUCUAUCACCAACUCCGUAUCCGCCGCAAAGGAUUUGGGCAAGAAAAGCCAGAUUGUGGAGAACGGUAAGAGCCAAAGCAGGAGGGGUCCGCUGGGCGGAGGCUACGAUGGCGGUGGCUCUAAUCAAUACUUCGACACUAUCAUCGGAGCCAGCGGCGGCUCUGGACGGCAGUUCGGAAAUGAGCGGUGGUCAUGAACUGAAUCUGCUCAGACUACUAAGCGCUACUAUCCCAUUAUGGCGUGGGUUGGCUAAUGGGGCACCGCAGGGCGCGUUCGAAGGGUCCGGUUCGUGGUCUAGAGGAGAUCGCAGCCUGAUCUGAUGGCCCUCCGGCGAAUCAUGAUUGAUUUGGUCAUUUGCCGUAUUUGGCGGCAGUUGACUUGACUUUGGGCUCAAAAGGCCUCCUGGCUGGCCAAUGUUCGGCCGCAACGGUCAGGAUUGCCACCAGCAGACCUUGUUUCUCCGGGCCAGACGCUGCAGGAUCGAGACACUCAAAUUGCCCAAUUGAUGCAUGGGUACGUGUACGGCGCGAAAUGGAAGGAAUUGCUUCACGAACAUGCAUACCGUCAGGGAUAAAAUUAGCAUAACAUUCAGGCAAGCACUAGACCCGCAACAAUGAGAAAAUGAUCACCU